CUGGUUUAUUCCGGUUGUGGGGGUUUCGGUUACAAUAAAAGACUAGGGGGGGGAGUGUAAGGAAGAAACCCUAAAUCGCCAUGGAUAAGGAGAGAUACAGGAGCAACAGGGACGAUCGCGAUCGUGAUUCGAGUGCGGAUCGUUCGCCGGAACGCGAAGCCGGACGCCGCCAUCGCGAUGGAGAUUCGAAGCGUCGCGAUUCAGAUCACCACCGGUCAUCGAGGCGCGAGGAUAGGGAGGAUGAGAGAGAUAGAGCUCGGGACAGAAGGAGAUCUGUGGAGAGAAGCGAGAGGGAAGAUAGGGAGAGGUCUCACGAAGGAAGUAAAGAUAAGGAAACGAGGACCAAGAGGAAAGAUAGAGAGGAGGAGAAGGGGAAUAAGGAAGGGAAGAAGAGAUCUAGGUUCUCUGAUGGGAGUGGUGGUGGUGAGAGGAGAAGCAAGUUUGAGGAUGAGAGCAAAAAUGAUCAAGUGAGUGAGGGUUCUAGGGCUACGAACGCAGCUAGUGACGUCUCCACUGGCGUCACUUCACAUAGUUCUUUAGCUUCGGAAACGUCUUUAGCCCCUAGUCAAACCCUGCUCACUAAGGUAUCUUCAAUAUCCACAACGGAUGAAAAUAAGAGUAUUGUCAGGUCUCAUGAGGUUCAUGGAAAAUCUAGUACAGAUGGAAGAACAUCCGGGCAAAGUAGUUCAAACUUGUCUCUUGAUGCCUUAGCUAAAGCUAAGAAAGCUAUUCAGCUUGGAAAGGGAUUAGCCGACAGGUUUAAGAAACUUUCUUCGGCGAAUCAAGGUAUUAAGUUAGCUUCAGAAGGUAGCCCACAUGCUAGAGUGCCACCAUCGACUACCACUCCUACUGCCUCUGCGGGAACAUCUUCUGCUUCAGCAUUACCACAUGCUGUCUUACCUGGCCUUGGGAAUAAGGUCAACAUUGAAGCUGUUAAGAGAGCUCAGGAGGUGGCAGCUAGGAUGGGAUACCGUCAGGAUCCAGAGUUUCCUACCAUUAUCAAUUAUCUUCUAGGACAGACACCUACAGAGACGAUGGCUGUUCAACAGAAACCUGCGAAGGCUCCUGUUCUGCGUGUGGAUGCACUUGGAAGGGAGAUAGAUGAACAUGGGAAUGUGAUUAGUGUGACUAAGCCAAGCAAUCUUAGUACAUUAAAGGUUAACAUCAACAAACAGAAGAAAGAUGCUUUUCAGAUUCUUAAACCUCAACUGGAAGUAAAUCCAGAAGAAAACCCCCAUUUUGAUCCGAGGAUGGGGAUUGAUAAAAACAAGAUUUUGAGGCCCAAGCGUAUGAGUUUUCAGUUUGUUGAGGAAGGUAAAUGGACAAGGGAUGCUGAGAGUUUGAAGUUGAGGAGUCAAUUUGGUGAAGCAAAAGCAAGAGAGCUGAAGGUGAAGCAAGCGCAUCUGGCUAAGGCCAGGGAUGAUAUAAAUCCAAAUUUGAUAGAGGUAUCAGAACGUGCCCCGAGAAAAGAGAAACCCAAGGAGAUAAUCCCAGAUGUUGAGUGGUGGGAUGCUGCUGUUCUCACAAAUGGCGUGUAUGGUGACAUAGCUGAUGGUGCCAUUACCGAUAGCGAUCUGAAGACAGAAAAACUCACACAUUACAUAGAGCAUCCCCGUCCCAUAGAGCCACCUGCAGAAGCAGCGCCUCCACCACCCCAGCCUCUUAAACUGACAAAGAGGGAACAGAAGAAACUUCGAACCCAGAGGCGUCUGGCAAAAGAAAAGGAGAAACAGGAGAUGAUCAGACAAGGGUUGCUUGAACCACCAAAAGCAAAGGUGAAAAUGAGCAAUCUGAUGAAGGUUCUUGGGUCUGAAGCAACGCAAGACCCAACCAAGCUCGAGAAGGAAAUCCGCACAGCAGCUGCGGAACGUGAACAAGCUCACACAGACAGGAACGCAGCACGGAAGCUAACACCUGCAGAGAAACGUGAGAAGAAAGAGAGGAAGCUUUUCGAUGAUCCAACAACUAUCGAGACGAUAGUGUCUGUGUACAAGAUCAACAAGCUCUCUCAUCCUAAAACGAGAUUCAAGGUGGAGAUGAAUGCUAGGGAGAACAGAUUAACGGGUUGUAGCGUGAUGACAGAUGAAAUGAGUGUGGUUGUAGUGGAGGGUAAGAGCAAAGCCAUAAAGAGAUACGGGAAGCUGAUGCUGAGGCGGAUAAACUGGGCAGAGGCAGUGAAGAAGGAUGAGAAGGAAGGAGAGGAAGAAGAUGAUGACGAAGAAGAGAAUGGCGGAAACAAUAAGUGCUGGUUGGUUUGGCAAGGAAGCGUUGCGAAACCGAGUUUUCAUAGGUUUCUCGUACAAGAGUGCUUAACGGAAUCUGCUGCCAAGAAAGUUUUCACGGAUGCUGGUGUCGCUCACUACUGGGACCUCGCUGUCAACUACACCGAAGACUAAAUCUUUCCUUCCUCCACUUCCUAUUCUGUCGGUUGCUAUAGUGUCUCUCAUACUUAUCAAUCAUCUCCUUUGAAAUGCUUCAACUGUUGAACAAUGUUAUGGGUCUUUCCAGGAGUCAUUUGCGGUUCUCUGAACAGUUGUUGUGUUCUGCUUCUUGUCGUCUUGGUGUUUUCACUUUUGAACAAGAAUUUGAUCUGUAUUUGUGCUUAGGUAAAUCAUGGUAAAAUGUUCUGAAAUGCAUGAUCAGAUUCAACUCUUA